AUGGGGCUAAGAGUUGCCAGCCUUUUUAUGCUCUGGCUGGCUCUUUCCUAUGCAAAUGAAAUAAGAAAAGGAAGGACAAGAAACCAUGGCCACUAUGUCUGCAGCACUUGGGGAAACAACCAUUUCAAAACUUUUGAUGGAGACAUCUAUCAGUUCCCUGGCACUUGCGAGUAUAAUUUUGCUUCUGACUGCCGAGAGUCUUACAAGGAGUUCUCUGUCCACAUCCAGCGUGCUCUGAACAGCAAUAACCACCCUGAGAUCCAGUAUAUUCUGAUAACAAUCAAGGACUUUACGGUGUACCUCAGACCAAAACUGGCAGUGGUGGAUGGGCGGAUUGUGAAGACACCUUACUACAGCUCUGGUGUGCUCAUUGAGAGCAAUGACAUUUACACCAAGGUUUAUGCCAAAUUAGGCCUGAUUCUGAUAUGGAAUCAGGAAGAUGCACUGAUGGUGGAGCUGGACAGCAAAUUUAAUAACCAUACAUGUGGUCUCUGUGGGGAUUACAAUGGAGUUCCAAUCUACAAUGAGUUUAUCAAUGGAGUUGCAAGCUACAAUUCAAUUACGUAUGGGAAUUUACAGAAGAUCAGCAAACCCAAUGCCAAGUGUGAAGAUCCUGAUGAAACUCAGGCUCUUCCAAGCUGUAAUGGGCAUCGUGCUGAGUGUGAAAGGUUGCUGACUUCCCCUGCAUUUGCUGACUGUUGGUUGCGUCUUAAUUUGGAAAUGUACAUCCAAGCCUGCAUGCAGGACAAGUGUGCAUGUAAUGGAAAUGAGGACUCCUUCUGCCUCUGCAGCACCAUCUCUGAGUAUUCUCGACAGUGUUCACACGCGGGUGGCCGGCCGGGUGAAUGGAGGACACAGUACUUUUGCCGAACUGUGUAUGAUGAUAUUACUGAAAAAGGCUGCAUACCUGCUAGGCAGUGCCACUGCAAACUCCAUGGAAAGAAGUAUUCACCUGGAAAAAGCAUUACCCAUGAAUGUGAAGAAUGCACCUGUGAUUCAGGCAGAUGGAUGUGCAAAGAUCUACCCUGUCCAGGCACAUGUUCAGUGGAAGGAGGUUCCCAUAUUACCACCUUUGAUGGGAAGAAAUACACCUUCCAUGGAGACUGUUACUAUGUGUUGGCCAAGGGUACUGUAAAUGACAGUCAUGCUCUCCUAGCAGAGCUGGCUCCCUGUGGCUCCACAGACAGGCAGACCUGUUUGAAGACUGUUGUGCUGUUAGUAGAUCACAAAAAAAAUGUGGUGGUUUUCAGAUCAGAUGGCAGUGUGUUACUGAAUGAGAUGACAGUGAACGUGCCUCAUGUGUCAG